AUGCUUCUGUCGCUCGGCAACAAUCGCAUUCCGCUCAAGCUGCCUGAGUCGCUCGGCGAGCUGGCCUCGCUGGAGCGGCUGUACCUCCGGGGCACCCAGCUGGCCAACGUGCCGACCUCCCUGCGCAAGCUCAUCCCCCGACUCAUCGAGAUCGACGUCUCGCCAGACACGGUGUUGCCCUCGGGCACGGAGGGAGCGGAUGGCAAUGCGGGGUCGGACAUCCAAAAGAAGGACAAGGCCGAGGCCUCGAGCACCGAGGCCCCCGGUGGCGAGGCGAGUGGCGAGAAGCCCAACAAGGAGAAUGGAAAUGGCGAGGCCGCCCAGCCGGAAGGAGGAGAGAAGGCCACAGCCACGCCUGCGGCGGCUGAUGAUGAAGCGACCCCCGCUCCCGCUGCCUCGGGGAGCGACGCUGCGGCUUCGUCGAACGAGACGCCCGAGUCGGCAAGACGAGGGAAGAAGAACAAGGACAAGGCCGAAGCCGACAAGAGCGAAAACGAAGCGUCGUCGAAGAACGAAGGCGAGCCGAAAGCGUCGGCGGAGAGCGGCGCGGCCGCGCCGGCGUCGACAGCGGCCGAGAGCGGCGGAGAGGACAGCAAGAAGAGCGACCGACAAAGGCGGAAGGAGAAGGAGAAGGAGGAAAAGAAGGCCAAGAAGCAAAAGAACAAGGACGAAAAGCGGAGCAAGGGCGGCCGCUUCCUGCAGCGGUUCAAGGGCGGCGACGGGGAGAAGAAGGGCAACAACGGCAGCGGCGGCGGCGGCAAGGGCGACGGCUCGGGAGAGGGCAAGGGCAAGGGCGGCGACCAGGGCAGCAAGAAGGUGCCCAAGCGACCGCGCCUGCCCAAGGACUGGCCGCUCUACAUCACCCCCAACGAAGAGGGAACCCCGAGCAAGCGCUUCGCUUUCGGUUGCGCCAAGAUGAUCGGCCUGGGACGAAAGAACGAGGAUACGCUGAUGGUCAGGAGCUCUCUCACCGGCAGGGACGACGAAGACUACUUCGCCGUAUUCGAUGGUCACGGCGGCAAGCACGCGUCGCGGUUCGCGGCGGACAACCUCCACAUCAUUCUGAGCGAGCAAUUGGCGUUGAGUCCCAGCGACCCCGAGGGCGCGCUUCGCCGGUCGUUCGCUGAGGUGCACCAGCGCAUGCUCACCUAUUUCCAGAAGAGCAAUCUGCGCGAGGAGUGCGGCUGCACUGCCAUCGUGUCGCUGAUCGUGGGCAACACGGUUUACGUCGCCGGCGCGGGAGACUCGCGCGCGGUCUUUUGCUACGGCAACCAGGUCCAGCGGGUGUCGCUCGACCACAAGCCCUACCUGGAGGAAGAGUCGCGACGCGUGCGGGCCGUGGGCGGGCUCGUGAAGGUCGACAGCGACUACGCCAAGCAGUACCGCGUGUGCAAGCUCUUUGCCGGCGGCGGAUUCGGUGGCCUGGCGGUCUCGCGCGCGUUGGGCGAUUUUUCGUGGUCGCCUCAGGUGGUGGAGGAACCCACCAUCAUGACCAUUCCACUCCCUUCCAAGGCUGCGGCGUCACCGGCGCCUCUCAAGUCUUCGCGCGAUAAGGAAAGGAAGAAGGUGGUCGAGGACGACGACGAAGAUGACGCCAAGCACGCCUAUCUCAUCCUCGCCUGCGACGGAGUGUGGGACGUGUUGUCGGACGAGGAGUCGGCGGCCAUUGCGAUGAAGGAGCGGAAUGCACUCACCGCCGCUGUGCGGAUUCGUGAGCACUCCUACUACCUCGGCAGCGGCGACGACAUCUGCGCCGUGGUCGUCCGCCUCCUCUAG